UCGAAUUCAAUUCCUGCAUGCAGGGUCUGAAUUCUGAAACUGAAUUCAGGAAUUAAAUUCUAACACUGAAUUUCUGAUUAAGAAAUCAGUUCCAAAAUUCCACAGUUUUGGUACAGAAACUUGAUCUAGAAUUCAAAUCUUGAUUUUUGUUCCAGAAUUUUGCAGGUGAAUUCCUGAAUCAGCAUUCUGGUUAAGAAUUCCGAACUUAAAUUAAGGCACAAAAUUCAGUUCCAAAAUCUAGUUUAGAAACCAAACCCAGAAAUCUAGAUCCAGAACCUAGAAAAGUUGAGGUUUUGUACAUAAAUAUGGUAUAGAUAUUUUGAGUUUGUGAUAAGAAGGUUUGAAGAAAUUGUGCGUCUUCCGUAGCAUGACACUUCUUCUAAGCUUGAUUCUAGUUUAAAGAUGUCCACAGUGCAAGAAAAAUUCUCGAAAAUUAGUCUGUUAUUCUUUUAAGUGUUGUGUGAUUGACAAUACAUCGCUUUGUUGUUGGCAGAAAUGCAAAUAAUCAAUUUUGAAAAUGAUUCAUAAUUUAUCGAAUUACAAAAAUUUUUGCAACUGCCUUCUCAUUUACAGAAAGUGUCACUGAUUUUUUUUGAAGGAGUAGAUUCUGAUUGAUGAGCUAAUUGAAUCUUCCACUACAAAUUGGUCAAACGAUCGCUUCAUUUUCCGUAAAAAAGAAGAAUUUCAAGGUUUGAAUUUUUGUUCAAGAUUUGAUAGUUUUUGAAGUUCUUCCUCGCCCGAUAGAACUUUGUGAGAAAAAACUUCUUCACCUAAAUGCCAAACAUUCAUAGUUAUAACUGUGUAACUUUUUAGUAUGACAUUAUUCUAUACCGAAUACCGCUUUCGUUGAUUUAUUUGAAAAAUCGAAAGAUUUUUAGCAAUUACUUCUAGUAAGAGAACUUUCUAUAGGAGUUAGCCUAUUUUCAUUUCUGAUUUUCCGAUAUGUGAGCUUGGAGCAAUACCUAAAACAAAAACUUCCGUAUAUCUUAUAUAAUAACUAUCCUCCAUUGAACCCAGAACGGCCUCCUACGAAACAGGUAGCGUUUUCAUUUGGUACAAUAAUGUACUUUGCUUGGUAGAAAGGGAUGGAAGACUUGAAUACACCCCAAUUCGAAUGUCAGUGUGUAGUCAGUUGCUUCACCUUUACAUGCAUUCGUCAUUGUCCCGCGUGUUCAAUUUAACGGUUGGCAGAGCUCGAUCUCAUCAAUCUAAGCAAGCCAUGACAUACACGAAUGAGUCGGCCAGCAAGCAUUGAACCUGCGUUUGGUGGACUUUUCAAAUGAGGUUAGAUUAAGAAGUUUGUGGCAAACAUUUAUUUUUGUUUUAUAUUUCCAGAACGGUGCUAGGUGUAAUACUACUAUACGGAUUUAUCAAACAUUCAUCUUCUACUGCUUUCGGUUAUUGCUUCCGCUUUUACUUUUUGAUGGAUAGCAUGAUUACUGUAUGUUACAAUAAUGAAUUGUCAUUUCAAUUGUUUCCUACCGGCGAAAGGUCGCAAAUUAGAGCAUUUUAUUUUCCUCCACGAGAGCUUGCCAGUUGAAAUAUUGCUGAUGGCAUAACAGGCUCGAGACAGGUUUUGCAAUACCACCACUUUCCUUUGGAAAAUCAGUGUUACAAAAUAAUGAAUCUGGUCCUGUUGCAGUUAGUUUGGUAAGCGCAUUGCUACAGUCAAUAUCGAUGAUGUUCCUCGUCGUCGUGUUUCAAGGUAUUCCGCACUUGCUAGUAGCUGCAACAAUGGUCAUAGUGACCAACGCUGGACCAGUAAGCAUCAGUAGUGACAACCGGCCCAAUAGAGCCCUCUAUCAGGAUCCGUACCAGAAUGCACUACUGGGCAGGAAAACCGACACGCUGGCACUCAGUGAAGACCAUCACGUUCGAUACAGUCGCGAUGGUGAGCUUAUCAGGAGUCCAAGAGGUCAUCACGAACCACGGUUCGUCGGGUUUCAGACCAAGGAUAACAAUAUCGAAGUGGGGGUUGAAUUUGCCGUUCCUUUUAUAACGGUUCCAAUUAAAAGAUCGGUAGAUGGUUUUAUGACUUCGAUUCAGAAGGGUACAUCACUGCUAAAUGUGAAUCUAGCAGCUGUGGCUUUAGCCGGUGUCCUAACGCUGGGAGCCACCUUCAUAGGGUGGCUUGCGAAGUCAUUCAAGGGUGAUAGUUUAGGUGUUUCGUACGGAACAUUAGGUUUCAAAGAUACGGAUAAUUUCGAGCUGCCCAAAACAGAAAAAGCUUACGAUCAACCAGCCUUGCGAACACUGCUGGAAACCGUGGACAAGAGUUUGCAGAAGUUCGACAUCGAUCCGACGGCGUGCACUCAGCGUGCGGCCUGCUGGUAUGUGAAGGAAGCUAUGAACAAUGUGAUCGAGGAACGGGCCAGUGAUUUGGAUGUUCUGAUCAAUGGACUUAGCGGUGCCGACUGGGCGUUGAAGUUCAUCGCCGGAACAGCAAUCGAGGAUGCAAUUCGAGCCGGAAGACAAAAUCAGAACUGCGAGCAAACAUUCUCGGUCUGUCGAAUAAGACCGGAAGUCCUGCAGCGUUUCGUUAGCGAAUCCAGCAAUAGAAGUAGAGCGAACUGGUAGGCAUUUGUGAGCAGUUAGUGUAUUAGUCUGGAACUUGGUUCAAUUAGUAAAGAAAUUAAUAGCGAGAAAUAAAUAGAUUGUAGUUGUAGAGAUAGAAUCGAUUUAAUAUAAUUUUUCGUCGACUUGAACUACAUUUCG